AGUUGAAGUUCAUCGAAGUAGAACUGAAAAUUUUGUUGAUGUUAUUUUCGCACAACUUUAGCAGGUAUCUCCAAAUUAGCAGCAUAAACAUGACCUUAAAAUUUUUCAUGAUAAUUAUGAGUGUCUUAACAGUAGUUAAUGGUUUGGAUAAUGGUCUGGCGAGAACUCCUCCAAUGGGUUGGAUGCAAUGGGAAAGAUUUAGAUGUCUAACUGACUGUGAUAAUUAUCCAGAUGAAUGUAUUAGUCAUAAAUUAUUUCGUGCUAUGGCAGACCAUAUGUUAUCAGAUGGGUAUCUUGAUGCUGGUUACGAAUACGUUAUUAUCGAUGAUUGUUGGUUCUCCCAUAAAAGAGACAAUGAAGGAAGAUUACAACCGGAUCCUGAUAGAUUUCCUUACGGUAUCAAAAGCCUAGCAGAUUACAUUCAUAGUAAAGGUUUGAAAUUUGGAAUAUAUGCAGACUAUGGUAUUUUUACAUGCGCUGGGUAUCCCGGAAGUUUGAAUCAUCUUGAAAUUGAUGCACACACUUUCGCAGAAUGGGGAGUAGACUACUUAAAAUUUGAUGGUUGUUACUCAGACUAUAUCACCAUUGAUAAAGGAUAUAUUGAGAUGGACAAAUAUUUGAAUGCCACAGAUCGUCCAAUAGUUUACUCUUGUAGCUGGCCAGCUUAUCAAGAAUCAAACGAUAUGGAGUCUAACUAUACAGCGCUAGCUCAAACUUGCAACCUUUGGAGAAAUUGGGACGAUAUAGACGAUUCUUGGGAAAGCGUUUCAGAAAUUAUAUCGUGGUUUAGUACAAAUCAAGAUCGCCUGGCUCCAUUUUCUGGACCUGGACAUUGGAAUGAUCCUGAUAUGCUCAUCAUUGGAAAUUAUGGCUUAAGUUUAGAACAAUGCAAAGCUCAAAUGGCAAUAUGGUCGAUCAUGGCUGCUCCUCUUAUUAUGUCUGUGGAUCUACGGACAAUUGAUGCAGAAUUUAGGGAUAUUAUUCUUAACAAAGAAGCCAUUUCAGUAAACCAGGAUCCAUUAGGAAUUAUGGGACGAUUAGUAUUAACUCGAAAUAAAAUAAAUAUUUGGACCAAGCCUCUUCAACCAAGAGAAGAUGGUCAACAACCUUAUGCAAUCGCUCUAAUGAGUAAUAGAACCGAUGGAUAUCCGUAUAAAAUUGGUUUCACUUUAACUGAACUCAAUAUAACAAAUCCGAAUGGAUUUCAAAUGAAGGAUGUGUUUGAAAAAAACAAUACACUUCCAUUUAUUACCGACGAUGAAAAGAUCUACUUAAGAAUGAAACCAACUGGUGGUGCGCUGUUAGUAUUUACUCCUAUUGAAGAACAACUUAUUGUAGUUUGAAUAAAACAUUAUGUAUAUUUUGAAUUAUUCAAUUCCACAAAUAUUAUCCAUAAAAUUGCUGUUUACUUAGUUUUUAGUCAAGCAUAAUAAUAAUUUCAUCGCUACUUAUUUUACUACUAUAACAUGGAUAUGGUGACAGCACUGAUUAUUUAUGUUAAUAUUUGCCUUCUUUAGUUUUGCAUCCAGUAGCUCCGAUAGAAUGAUUUAACUAAAAGCUGAAAACACAAAAAGAUGCAUCUACUCUAUCUUUUUGAGUAGGUUCCAGAUAUGAUACACAAAUCAUGUGUAUAGUGCUGUUGUUCAAAAAGUAGCCUUUUACUCUAAGAUCCGACUUUUACCCAUUUGAUACCCAGAUGAGACGUAGUUUUUACUAAAUAUUAUUCAUUAAAAAAUGUGCCUCAUAUAAA